GGGAGGGAGAGGUGCAGGGCGUGGAGGGGAUUCGGGGGCGCUUGGAGAGGAUGGGCAGAAGGCCAGGACGGGGAGGAGGGGCGGCGAGGGGCGCAGGAGUGGGCCGGGUUGGGGCGGCACUGGAGUGACGGGGGAGGGGGCGCCUGGCCUGGGGUCGCGGGCAGAGGCAGCUCACGCUCGGAGGAGGUGCAGAUAAUGGGGUCCGGGAGUGCAGGGGUGGGCCAGGGAGUGGAGGAGGUGACCGGGGGGCGCCAGCUGGCGUGGGGGAAGAGGAUGUCCAGAACUCCAAGCGGGUGCGCUGGGCGGCGGGGCAGCUGCUGACGCCUCUGAGGUCGGGCGGUGUUCCGCGGGCGGUGUCGUUGCUGGGCGCAUGGGUGUUAAGACGCAGCGGGGGUCGCAGGUGACUGUGGGGAGGACAGGGGGUCAAGGGGCCCCUGGCCAGAGGUCACGAGGCUGACCUGGAGCGCCAAAGAGGAAGUGCGGGGCGUGGGGGUCUCAGGGGAGUCGGGGGAGGCCGGGGCCCCGUGGGGCGCAGGUGACAUGGAGUGAGCAGGAGGCCGGGGGUGACACCGCGGGGCCUGCAGCCGAGGAUGUCGAGACACCCACGCCGUCGCCCCCAGGCCUGGAAAUCCACGCGGCUUCCCGAAGACGGCGCCUCUGUUCUGCGGGAUCGUGACGAGGAUUUCCACCUACUGCGCCUGGGCGCAGGUCUGCCGAUCCGCGUCCACUGCGUGCGGCCCCACGGACCAUGUCGGUGACUGAUCAGGCUUUUGUCACACUGGCCACCAAUGACAUCUACUGCCAGGGCACCCUGGUCCUGGGGCAGUCACUGAGGAGACACAGGCUGACGAGGAAGCUGGUGGUAUUGAUCACUCCUCAGGUGUCCAGCCUGCUCAGGGUCGUCCUCUUGAAGGUGUUUGAUGAAGUCAUUGAAGUGAAUCUCAUCGAUAGUGCAGACUACAUCCAUCUUACCUUUUUGAAGAGACCUGAGCUCAGGCUCACGCUCACCAAGCUUCACUGUUGGACUCUCACUCACUACGGCAAGUGUGUCUUCCAGGAUGCAGACACUCCGGUGCUGUCCAAUGUCGAUGAGCUGUUCGACAGGGGAGAGUUUUCUGCGGCCCCGGACCCUGGAUGGCCAGAUUGCUUCAAUAGCGGGGUGUUUGUCUUCCAGCCUUCUCUCCACACGCAUAAACUCCUGCUGCAGCACACUAUGGAACACGUCAGCUUUGACGGGGCAGACCAAGGCUUACUGAAUAGUUUCUUCAGGAACUGGUCGACGGCCAACAUCCACAAGCACCUGCCGUUCUUCUAUAACUUGAGUAGUAACAUGAUGUACACUUACAGCCCUGCCUUCAAGCAAUUCGGUUCCAGUGCAAAGGUCUUCCACUUUUUGGGGUCCACAAACCCUUGGAACUACAAGUACAAUCCACAGAGUGGCUCAGUGUUGGAGCAGGGCUCAGCGUCCAGCACCCAGCACCAGGUGGCAUUCCUUCAUCUCUGGUGGACGAUCUACCAGAACAACGUGUUGCCCCUGCAUAAAAGUGUCCAAGCAGGGGAAGCACGCGCAUCUCCUGGUCACACACUUUGCCCCAGUGAUGUGGGGGUGCCGUGUGCAGAUUCAGCAUCUGGUGUUGGAGAGCCGUGUGAAAAUUCAACACCCAGUGCUGGCGUGCCAUGUGCAAAUUCACCACUGGGUUUUAACCAGCCUGCUCAGGGCCUUCCAGAGCCAACCGAGGUAGUGGAUGAGACCCUGUCCCUACCUGAAGGAUGCCUUUCAGAAGAUCCCCAGGUAUUGACCUCAUUGAUGGAAUCCAUGCUCUGGACCCAUCGGCCCACCUGGGAUGACUGUCAACAGCUCCUUUUGACCCUUUUCACCUCUGAAGAGAAGGAACAGAUCCGAAGAGAAGCCAGAAAGUAUUUCCUCACAUCAGCCAAUAGGCCAGAAGAGGAAUAUAGAGGGCUCCUUAAGGAAGUUUUUCCUUCUACCCAGCCUAAUUAGGACCCAGAUUCCUCAGCGGGGAAGAGAUCCUUAGACGAUUUUCACCGGUAUCUCCUUGUGAGCCUCUUGGAAACCCAUAAACUUGUCUAAGAUGACUGAAGUUGCCCAGGGGCCUGAUGAGUCACUGUGAGCAUUUUAGAAUGCCUCCAGGAGGCCUACCAGACUUACACCCUUUUUGACCCGGAGUCUCCUGAAAAUAGUCGUGCUCUUAAUUUAGCAUUUGUGGCUCAGGCAGCCCCUAAUAUUAAAAGAAAGCUACAAAAACUGGAAGGAUUUGCUGGGAUAUCAGUCAACUUUUAGAAAUAGCCCCAAAAAUUUUUGACAAUCAAGAGUUUACAAAGCAAAAACAGGCAGCUGAGGCAGCUGACAAGGCUGCUGACAAAGCAUCAGAAAGACAAGCAAAAAUCUUAGUGGCGGCCAUCCAGGAAGCCAGAAAGGAAAGGCCCCUAUCACAGAACAUUAGCCAGGGGACCCUGGAUCCAUGCCAGAAAAGCCAGAAAAGUGAGCAGGGUUCCCCACAAAGAAAAACCAAUGUGCUUAUUGCAAGCAGAUAGGAAACUAGAAAAAGGAAUGCCCAUUAAGACCAGAGGAAAAACCAGAAGACAAAAAAGUCCUCACCCUCCCUGCUGUGGAGGCAUCUGAUGAUUGACGGGGCCAGGGCUCCUUUACACUUGGCCCUCGGGAGCCCACGGUGACCGCCAUAGUGGGGGGCCAGCCUGUGCGCUUCCUAAUUGACACCAGGGCAGAACACUCAGUACUGCAGACAACCCUAGGCAAUGUCUCUAAUAGGAAAGUGGUUGUACUUUCCUAUUGCAGGGGGCUACUGCAAUUAUUCAGGAAUAUCCUGUCACCCACUCACGAGAGGUGAGUUUGGGACAGAAAAGAGUAACCCACUCAUUCCUUUUGGUCCCAGAGUGUCCUUUUCCCCUCCUAGGACGAGACCUGUUUCGCAAGCUGCAGACAUCUAUUUCCUUCUCGGCCCAACAAGCUCACCUCAUGUUAGGGGACACAACACCCCCUAUUGCUCAGCUCCUGUUAACCACCCCUCUGUCAGAAGAAUAUCUGUCAGUUUCACCUCCAAAACCGCCAGAAAAUAAAACUAAUCCUCUCCUACUGGACUUACAGACUCUCUUUCCUUGAGUCUGGGCUGAGCCAAACCCCCCAGGACUGGCUAAGCACCAUCCACCAGUGGUAGUAGAACUCCUGGCCACUGCCUUGCCACUCCAGGUAAAGCAAUAUUCUGUGAGUCAGUGGGCUAGGGAUGAAAUCAACCCCCAUAUUCAGCAACUGUUACAAACUGGCAUACUCACAGCAUGUCAGUUCACCUGGAAUACUCCAUUUUUUCCGGUCCAAAAACUGAGAACAAAUGAUUAAUGGUCUCUGCAGGACUUAAGGUAAGUUAACAGACAGAUAGUCACUGUCCACCCAACUGUCUCUAACCCUUAUACUUUACUCAGCCUGCUUCCACCAGAACACACAGUGUGUACUGUCCUUGACUUAAAAGAUGCUUUCUUUGCUAUUCCUCUGGCCCCCAAAAGCCAACCUAUCUUUGCUUUUGAAUGGACAGAUCCUGGCUCAGGAGACACCACCCAAUUAACCUCAAGGUUUUAAAAAUUCCCCCACCCUUUUUAAGGAAGCCCUCCAACAGGAUCUUUUACCAUACCAUUUCAAGACAGAACCCUAAUUAUACUCUUCAUUACAUAGAUGACUUUUUAUUAGGUACUGAAACUACUGACAGUUGCCUGCAACAUACUAAGGACCUACUUUACCUCCUUCAGGAACUCAGGUAUCACUUCUCAGCCAAAAAGGCCCAGCUUUGUCUUCCCAGAGUCUCCUACCUAGGGUAUGAGGUAAAUAGAGGAAAAAGGGCACUUAUCAGUGCUGGUAAGGAAGCCAUCCUACAAAUCCCCACUCCCACCAAGAGACAGGUACGUUAAUUCCUGGGGGCCAUAAGAUACUGUAACCUGUGGAUAUUAAGGUUUGCAGAGAUUGCCAAGCCCCUGUACACCACUACUGGAAGGAAUGGCCCACUAGUAUGGAUUGACACCAAAGAACAGGCUUUCAAAAACCUGAAAAAGGCAUUAACUGGGGCCCCCACUCUAGCCCUCCCUAAUAUCUCAAAACCAUUUCACCUUUUAUUCAUGAAAGCCAGGGGGUGCUCACUCAGACUUUAGGACCCUGGAGACGCCCAGUAGCCUAUUUGUCUAAGAGACUGGACCCUGUGGCUUCUGGAUGGCCAACUUGUCUGCAAUCCGUAGUGGCAACAGCAAGCCUUGUCCAGGAGGCUAAUAAAUUGACUCUGGGCCAAAACUUAACCCUUACGGCUCUUCAUGCCAUACAGAUUUUGCUACGAAGUGCUUCUGGCAAAUGGAUGUCGAAUGCUCACAUCCUGCAGUAACAGAGUUUACUGUUAGAUCAGCCUCUUUUGACUUUCUCUUCCAUAAGGUGUUUAAAUCCAGCUACUUUACUCCCUGAUCCAGACUUCACUAUACCUGUCCAUGACUGCCAGGAACUGUUAGAAACUAUGGAAACUGGUCGACCUGAUCUCCAAGAUGUGCCCCUAAAGAAGGCAGAUGCCACCAUGUUUAUAGAUGGUAGCAGCUUCUUCGAACAGUGAGUACAAAGGCUGGUGCAGCCUUUACUAUGGAGACAGAUUUGCUGUGGGCCCAGGCGUUGCCAGCAGUUACUUCAGCACAGAAGGCUGAAUUGAUUGCCCUCACUCAGGCUGUCUGAUGGGGUAAGGACAAACGUAUUAAUAUUUACACUGACAGCAGGUAUGCUUUUGCUACUACUGUACAUGUACAUGGAGCCUUCUAUCAAGAAUGUGGGCUACUUACUUCAGCAGGAAAGAUUGUCAAAAACAAAGAAGAAAUUUUAGCCCUGCUUGAAGCUGUUUGGCUUCUUCAGCAGGUGGCUGUAAUUCACUGCAAAGGACAUCAAAAGGAAGACAUGGCCAUUGCCCGUGAUAACCAAAGAGCAGAUUCUGUAACUCGAAAGACAGCAUGGCUCCCUGUCAUGCCUUUAACCCUGCUGUCCGCUGUGUCCUUUCUGCAAGCUAAGUUGGCAGCCCCAGGAAAAAAAAAGAAACAAGCUUCAGAUCUUCAGGCCAAUAAAAAUCAGGAAGGUUGGUGGAUUCUUCCUGAUUCCAGAAUCUUCAUACCCCAAGCUCUCAAGGAAACUUUAAUCAGUCAUCUUCAUUCUACCACCAAUUUAAGAGGAGUAAAACUGGCCCAGCUCCUAAGGAGCCAUUUCAAGAUCGCUCGCCUUCAGAACUCAGUGAACCAAGCAGCUCUCUGGUAUACGGCUUGUGCUCAGGUAAAUGCCAAGCAAGGUCCUAAACCCAUCUCAGGCCACUGCCUCCAGGGAAACUUGCCAGGAAAAAGGUAGGAAAUUGACUUUACAGAAAUAAAACCACCCUGGACUAAGUACAAAUACCUUCUGGUACUAGCAGACACAUUUUCCGGAUGGCCUGAGGCAUUUGCCACCAAAAACGAGACUGCCACUACAGUAGCUAGGUUUUUACUCAGUGAAAUCAUCCUUUGAUGUAGGCUGCCUGCUGCCAUAAGGUCUGAUAAUAGACCAGCCUUCACCUCGUCCAUACCUCAGUCAGUCAGUAGGACCUCAGAGCUCUGCACAGGUAGAAUGCAUAAACCACACCCUAAAAAUACUCUUACAAAUUUAAUCUUAAAGACUGGUGAAGAUUAGGUAAGGCUCCUUCUUCAGUCCUUCUUAAAGUAAGAUGCACUUCCUACCAGGCUAGGUCUUCACCUUUUAAAAUAAUAUACAAGAGGUUUCCACCCAUCUUGCCUAAGCUAAAAGAUACCCAUUUAGCAGAAAUCUCACAAGCUAAUUUAUUACAGUACCUACAGUCUCUCCAAAAGGUGCGAGAUACCAUCCAGCCACUUGGAUUGAGAGCUCAUCCCAAUCCAGUUCCUGAUCAGAUGGGGACCUGCCACUCGUUCCAGCCAGGUGACCUGGUGUUUGUAAAAAGUUCCAGAAAGAAAGACUUGUGUUUAGAAACGACCUCAUACUGUCAUCCUUACCACACCAAUGGCUCUGAAAGUAGAAAGGAAUGCUUAGAUUCAUGACACCCCCUAGUACAAAGCAUGUUUAACUGUAAUCUAUAACUAACUACCCUAAUUGCUGGAUUGGCAGAACCCUUUUUCUCCUUCUCUUGUUUAGUUUUCCAACCGUUAUAUAUUAAAAUUAGUUUCUUAA